ACUCGUGACUUUGUCUGAAAACACAAACAGAACCCACCGUGUCAUCAUCAUCAUAGUAUCAACUAAAACGAAACACGCAUCUUUUUUCUUCCGUUUCCGAUCACUCACUGUAAGAAAUCUACAUAUCUAUAUCUGUAUUUAUAUCCAUAUAUUCUUCUAAUUUAGUUAAUUUCACAAUUCCGAUCGAAACCCUAGGGUUUCGAUUGUGAAAUUAAUAUUAGAAAUAAAAAUGAAUAGACACGUGUAUCGAUACCGUAAAAUUCUCAAUGCUGCAUUUGCCCUAGUGUUAAUUUCCCUAAUUUACAAUAAAUUUGAUCAAGUUUUUGAUCAUGGUCAACGAAAGUCAACGGUCAGAAGGUUUAUGAAUGAAUUAAGCUCAAAUGUAAGUAAUAGUAGCCUAGAAAUGGAUAUACCGUGUACCGGAAUAACGAACCAUGUCGGUUACGCUUCGAGUUGUGAGUUUUUGAAAGCUAACCCGCAUUGUUCGUCAGACGGGCUUUUUGAUUAUUUAAAGUUUUAUUAUUGUGGCUGCAAUGAAGGUGCAUUUGGUGCUAUAGUUUUAGUUGUUUGGUUAGUUGGUUUGUUUUACUUGUUGGGUAAUACUGCGGCGGAUUACUUUUGUUUGUCGUUGCAAAAGCUUUCGGGCUUGUUGAAUUUGUCCCCGACUGUAGCUGGGGUUACUUUGCUUCCGCUUGGAAACGGGGCUCCGGAUGUUUUUGCUAGUAUUGCUUCAUUUGUCGGGAAGGAUACGGGUGAAGUUGGGUUGAAUAGUGUUUUAGGUGGUGCGGUUUUUGUUACUUGUGUUGUUGUUGGGAUUGUGUCGAUUUGUGUGGCUGAUCAGGGUGUGCAGAUUGAUAAGAAGGCGUUUGUUAGGGAUGUUGGGUUUUUUGUUUUUACGUUAGUGUUUCUUUUGUUGAUUCUUGUUGUGGGUAAUGUGAGUGUGGUGGCUGCGGUGGCAUUUGUGUCUAUAUAUGUGGUGUAUGCGGUUUUUGUUGCUGCGAAUGAAAUUGUGAGGAAACAUGUUCAGAGGUUGAAAUUAGAUGCUGUCACUCCGUUGCUUCCGCUUAGGGUGAACAUAUUUUCUCAAGAUGAGGAUUCGGUUCAAGGUUCCUUGCUUGACGUUGAAACGGAAUCUGAUGGUUCACAGUCGCGGAAUUCUUUGCCCGAAUGGAUGUGGGCUUCUAAUGUUGCGAUUUAUUCAAACCAAAUGAAGUUUCAAGAACACGAAAGACAUUUAUGGGGAUGGCAUGAUGACGCCAUUGAGGUUGAUCAGCCAUGGUUCUCCUUUUGGAGUCUCUGUUCACUAUUGGAGUUUCCAUUGGCCAUCCCCAGAAGGUUAACUAUUCCUUUAGUUGAGGAAGAAACAUGGUCAAAAACGUAUGCGGUUUCAAGUGCGCUCUUGUCGCCACUUCUUCUUGCAUUCCUAUGGAACACGCAAGACGAUUCGGGCUCUCAAAGCAAGGUCAUUGUGUACAUUCUUGCUGCUUUGGUUGGGUCCACUCUCGGGAUCCUUGUAUAUAUGCACACUAGACCUGACCACCCGCCUAGUAAGUUCCUAUUCCCAUGGGUUUUAGGUGGCUUUCUUAUGAGUAUUGUUUGGUUCUACAUGAUUGCGAACGAGCUUGUUGCGUUAUUGGUAGGAUUCGGUGUGUUUCUUAGAGUGAAUCCUUCAAUUCUUGGAUUAACGGUAUUGGCUUGGGGUAAUUCUAUGGGUGACUUAGUUUCAAAUAUAGCACUCGCGUUGGACGGUGGGGAUGGUGUCCAGAUCGCCUUAUCUGGAUGCUAUGCCGGCCCCAUGUUCAAUACACUCAUGGGUUUGGGAAUUUCGUUGCUGCUUGGAUCGUGGUCAGUAAAACCUGCCUCAUACAGCGUUCCACAAGAUAACAGCCUUUACUACACAAUGGGGUUUCUCAUUUUAGGACUUCUGUGGGCCCUUGUUAUUCUGUUAAGAAACGACAUGCGCCCUAAUAGGAUAUUGGGUACAGGUCUUGUUGCUCUUUAUUUGGUUUUUCUAUCAGUACGGUUAUCGAGUGCAAUGGGGAUCAUAUCAUUGUUUGGCCUAACUAAAUAAUAUGCCAACAAAAGAUUGCAUGUGUAUGUGAAUGUUUUAAGAGUGAAUUUUGAGCUGCAAAUGACAUGAUGUUCAGGAUCAACCACACGGCUACCAUAUCUAGUGCACAGUUGUUAGUGUAGAUUGUAGUUUCAAAAUUUCGGAUGUUAGUGUAAUGAUCAAUUUUACUGUUAAUUACAAAGCUACGAGUCUCUUUUUGGGACAUAAUUUGAGUUGUUUGUUUAAGUUUCUUGCAUAGUUGUA